AUGCCGUCCAACAGCACCAACCCCGCCCCCCCAAAAGCCAUCAGCCUCGACCAACGCUUCCACCACAACACCUCCACACACAGCCACACCAUCCACUGGACCUCCCUCGGCUCCCCUACCUCCCCACCCCUAAUCUUCAUCCACGGCACGCCCUGGUCCUCCCUCGUCUGGCACCCCUUCGCCCUGAGCCUCUCGCGCCACUUCCACAUCUACCUCUUCGACAACCCCGGCUUCGGCGCUUCUCCCCUUGGCACCCCACUCCCAGCCGCCAUCCCCACAGCCCCAGAAUCCCUCGACGCCGACCUCGCGCAGCAAUCCGCCGUCGCCGCCGCGCUCUUCGACUUCUGGACCGCGGACGCGUCGCAGGGCUGGCAGAACCGGCCUCCGCACGUCGUGGCGCACGACCACGCGGGCCUGAUGGCGCUGCGCGCGCACCUGCUGCACGGCGUGCCCUUCGCGAGCCUGUGUCUCAUUGACGUGGUGGCCAUCGGCCCCUUUGGGCACCCGCUCUUCAAGCUCGUGGCGGAGAAUGAAGGUGUGUUUACGCAAUUGACUGGCCCGGUGUUUGAGGGGGUGGUCGAGAGCUAUAUCAGGGAUGCGGCGCAUAAGGAGUUGGGGAGGGAGACGAUGGAGGCGUUGAAGGCGCCCUGGUUGAGGGGGGAGGAGGGGAGGAAGGGGUUUGUGAGGCAGAUGUGUCAGGCGAAUAGUAGGAGUGUGCCGGAGGACGUGGAGCGGAGGUAUGCGGAGGUGGGGAAGAGUAUGCCCGUGUUGGUGGUGUGGGGGAGCGAGGAUAGGUGGUUGCCGGUGGAGAUCGCGGGGAGGUUGGGGAGGGCGUUGGGAGCGAGGGAGGUGGUGGAGAUUGAGGGCGCGGGGCAUCUGAUUAUGUAUGAUCAGGGGGAGAGGUUGGGCGUGGAGUUGGGGUGGUGGUUGAGUAGUGUUAGUAGAUGA